AUGUUUUCCCGGGUUCUUCGAAUUACUCCAGUAAUAAUGUGUACAAUCAUUAUCUUCAUAUUGCAUCUUUUUCAUUCUUCUUCAUCCCUCAAUAAAAUGUUCAGUUUUUUUUCUUUCGCUUUUAUUCUCUUGUCUGCUCGAAUGGCGAUAUCCAAGAAAUGCCCAAAUUUCUUCGACUUGCUUACAAUAUUAAGAUGCCUUCUUCAGUCCUGGAGUGGCUUCUUACCCGUACACAUAACAUUGGGUUGCACGGUCAUUUCCCAGGAGUUUGUACAGUUGUCGGGGUAUAAACUUCUCCCCGAAUCAUCUUUCGUACGUUCUUUCUUUCUUUCUUUCUUUCUUUCUUUCUUAUCUUUUGUCCUGAAUUCAAUUCUAGUGCAAACUCGUAAGAGCGAUGACACUCAUUGUCAAAAUGAUUUGUUCUUUCUUCUUUUCCUUCGUUCUUUCUUUCGUUCGUCUGUUGUCUUCUUUUCUUUCAAUCUUUCUUUGGUUCAUUCGUUCUUUCUUUCCCUUUUCUUUGUUUCAUUCACUUUCGUCUCGCUCGCUUCUUUUGUUUAUUUGAAACCCCCUUUCUUUUUUAGUUUCUUAUUCUUUCCUCUUUCUCUCCCAACCUUCUUAAUAUUAUCUUUUUUUUCUCUUUUUCUAUUUGCUAUCUGUUAUUCUAUCUUUUUUUUUUUUGCUUAUUGA